GAUUACUUCCUUAGCUUCACUCUUCCCUCAAAUGAUACGCUAUUUGACGAUCUCGACUUGGAUGCAUGCCAAAUGUUCGAUUUUGUCAAGAAAAAUAUCAAAAAAACUGAGAUACAAAUUGAUGAGGAGUUAACAACGGUUAUAAACAACUUUGAAACAAAUGAGGAAGCUAGAAGGCCUAAAACCACUGUGACCACUUCUACAGAUAGAACGGAAUUCACAACGCUUCUGAACGAACUUCUCGAUGAAGCGACAGAACCAUCAGCACCCUCAAUUGUGAAAUCGCCACCUAAGAAGGAAGUUUGGGCUUCACCUUCGUUGACAGCACCUUCAACCACAUCUACAGCAUCUCCUUCUCCAAAAAUUACCCGAACAAGCUCUGCUUCUACAUCGACAUAUACACAUUCCGUUGUAAUAAGACCGUAUACGGAAAGCAGUAGGGUCAAAUCUGCACAAACGACAACUUCCACUGCUGAGCCUGUCACAACAACGUCUAUAACUGAAAAAGGUGCGGACUAUGAUGUGUAUGAGGAUGGAAAAGAGGAUAUUUAUGAUGAUGAGAAGCCAGAAAAUGUCUCAGUUGAAGUUGUGCCAAUACAGACGAUGGGUAAUGAUUAUGGAAGUAAAACUAAAGCUACCGAAAGCCCACAAUUAUCUACAAGGAGCCGACUAUUCUCCGACGAUAGUUGGGAACAGCCUCCACCUAAUUUCGGCUACUCUUCGAUGAGAUAUCCGAAUGGAGGCGUAACCCCGCUGAACAUAGACACAAGUACACUCUUUGGUAUUGAUGACGAUGGGAAAGGUGAAGAAGACGGGGAGGAAGCUGAUGAGGAGGAAACAAAAACAUCUCCAAUUGUCGCCAGCAAAAAGGAGUCGCCGAAAAAAGUGGAUGUUAGAAAAGCUGAGGAUGUCGUGAAAGCGGCAGUACGACUAGUACGUCCAACAAUGGAGCCACAACGAGGCCCAAUAUAUGUGACGCAAAGGAUCACUAUGAUAACAACAUCGUCGACGAAAGUCGCGCCAUCAACAGAAAGGUGA